CUCACGUGUGCAGACGAAAAAUACAGCAUGCAGCUCCGCCCCCUAAUUGUAGUCUGUAUUGAGCCAAAUUAGCUGCUAUCUCGGUGCUCGGAUGGAUAAAAAGAGCAAGGGUGGCGCUGAAAAUUAAGAAUUAAAAAGAGAAAAGCACUCGUGAAAGAAUCGGCAAAAUGCGCGAAAAUAGCUAAUUUUUUUCAUGCAACGACCUUGCGGCCUCAAACUACAGAGGAUUACAACGAAAGUGGUAAGGCCGGAUGGCGAAUAAAAUGCAACUUGCACCGUGUGAUACGACAAUAUGUAAUUGUGGAAACUUUGGCUUCUUGUAGCACCUCACAAGGGAUAUGUAGCAGCAAGCAUUAGCCAUAAUGAACACACCACAGGUGCAGAGCUGGAAGGAGGCUGUAGAGUGAUGUCAUAAGAUUAUGCUGUAUCAAAGGAUCGCCAUGAUACUCCACACGGAGAUGUGUCAGUGUUGUUACAAGAAACCUCUUCAUACAUGUGUGAUGAGGUGCUGACACCCACUAUGUAACAAUGUUACCCCUCCUAAACUGCAAACAGCCAGUGAAGUAUAUUACAUGGUGCUAGUCAUUAGGGACUAGUUCACCUAGUUGACUCUGAUGGAAGCAAGAAGAAUGGCGCUUGGAUGGGUGAUAUCAUGCCUCAGCCUCUACUUUGGACUGUCUGCUGCAUCCACGGAAGUUCCAGUUCAGGUGGUGACUGCUGUAUCAGAAUCUACUGUUCCAGUUCAGGUGUUGACUGCAAUACCAGAUUUUAUAGUAUCAGACCAUUUCACAGAAGUGAUAGCAUCCCACGACGACCAGUUCUGCAGCACAUGGGGGAACUACCAUUUCCGGACUUUCGACGGUGAAUUCUUCCAGCUUCGCUCCAACUGCAACUAUCUCCUUGCAUCCAAUUGUAAGAGCAGCUAUGAGGACUUUAACAUCCAGCUGCAACGACAUGAGAAACACAGGGCCGCCCAUAUAAAGCGGGUCACUAUGAGACUGGAGGGAGUGGUGGUGGAAAUGUCCAACGCCUCAAUCACGGUCAAUGACGAGAUUGUGAUGUUGCCUUUCAGUCAGGCAGGCAUCUCCAUUGUAAGGACGUUCUCCUAUAUAAAGUUUGAGGCCACAAGCGGCGUGGUUGUCAUGUGGAAUGAAGACGACACACUCUGGGUUGAGUUGGAUGCCAAGUACAAGAAUCAGACUUGCGGUUUGUGUGGUGACUUUAAUGGUGAGCGUGUUGACGGGAUCCUUGAGGAAUUAGGGGAGGCCUGGAAGGCCAACGGUCCGACUGAAAACUGUGAAGAAACUCUGUCUCCUUCCCCUCAAAACUGCCCCAUAAAUCAGAGAGACGUCUGUGAGAGUUUCCUGUUAGGAGAUUCUUCCCUCAGCUGUCACGACCGAGUCAACAGUUUAGCUUUCAUUGAAGCUUGUGUGACAGAUUUGUGCUCCUGUGAAAGCAACUCCACCACCUGCUUGUGUUCAACAAUGGCAGAGUACUCACGUCAAUGCGCUCAUGCCGGUGGGGUGCCGCAGGAAUGGAACGCACAUAUAUGCGCAAAAAAACCAUGCCCAUUAAACAUGGAAUACAACGAAUGCGGGAGCCCCUGCACAGACACCUGCACUGACCCACAGAGGAGCCAAGUGUGUGAAGAACACUGCAUAGAUGGUUGCUUCUGUCCACCCGGGACUGUUUUGGAUGACAUUGGUGGUGGUGGGUGUUUGCCCCUUGACCAGUGCUCCUGCAUGCACAAAGGCAAGCCUUACGGACCUAGGCAAUCCUAUUCCAGGGCUUGUCAAACAUGCACUUGUACUCAGGGUGAGUGGAGGUGUCAUGAUAAUGAAUGUCCCGGUGUCUGCUCUGUACUGGGUGGCUCACACAUUUCUACCUAUGACGAAAAGACCUACACCUUUCAUGGGGAUUGCUCUUAUGUUCUUUCAAAGAUGAAUGGGACCUUUGCUGUCCUGGCCGACCUUGUCAAAUGUGAAAAAUCUGACAAAUCAACUUGUCUGACUGCAGUCAAUCUACUGUUGCCCAAAUCCACAAUACAGAUGAUUGCUGUUGACUCAAGCGGUCAGGUUUUAGUCAACAAACUCACGUCUCGUCUGCCUUUCUUCACAGAUGAUGUCACAAUCUUCAGUCCGUCCACAUUUUACAUUGUGAUUCACACCAUCUACGGGCUUCACCUUGAGAUUCAGCUCGUACCCAUCAUGCAGGUCUAUAUUAAAGCCAGUCUUCCCCAUAAAGGCAAACUCCAGGGUCUUUGUGGAGAUUUUAAUGACGUCGAAUUCAAUGACUUCAGAACUAGAAGUGGGAUGAUUGAGGGCACGGCUUACGCAUUUGCCAACUCAUGGAAAACUAAAGGUGGCUGUCCAGAUGUCAGUAAUACACUUGGUGACCCCUGUCUUUUGAGUAUAGACAAGGAGAAAUAUGCCCACCACUGGUGCGCCAUGCUCAUUAACACAACAGGGGUGUUUUCCAAGUGCCAUUCGGAGAUAAACCCAGAAGAAUAUCUUGCUGCUUGUAUAUAUGAUACAUGUGCCGCUGAAAACAGUUUGGAUUCUGUAUGUGCCAUCAUGUCCUCCUACGUUUACGCUUGCAUGGCCGCUGGUGUCUCCUUGAAAGGAUGGCGUGAUGCUGUAUGUGGAAAAUACACAUCAGGCUGCCCCUCAAAUUUAGUGUUUGACUACCACAUGACAAACUGUGGGCGCACCUGCCACUCUCUGGGUCAGCGGGAUGGAACCUGUGAUGUCGAUUUGAGCCCCAUGGAUGGCUGCGGCUGUGCUGAGGGCACUUACCUCAAUGACAGGGGCCGGUGUGUGCCAGCCUCACAGUGCUUCUGCUAUAUGGGGGACAUGGUGCUCAGGCCUCAGCAGGUCAUAAAGGUCAGCGGACAAAUUUGUGUCUGUCGCGGUGGGAAACUUAAUUGCUCAGGAAACCAUCUGACGGAAUCAUGCAGCGCUCCAAUGAUUUUCUUCAACUGCUCAAGCGCAAAACCAAGUGACAUUGGAUCAGAGUGCCAAAAGACCUGUCAGACUCUGGACACAGAAUGUGUUAGCACACACUGCGUCUCUGGCUGCGUGUGUCCUGCUGGCCUGUUGUCUGACGGUAAAGGAGGUUGCAUUGAGGAGACCAGUUGUCCUUGCACUUAUAAUGAACAAUCAUACAAGCCUGGAGAGACUGUUAAAGUGGACUGUAACACCUGCACUUGUAAAAGUGGACAGUGGGAAUGCACCAAUCAGGAAUGUGACGGAACCUGUACAAUAUACGGAGAAGGUCAUUACAUCACUUAUGACGACAAGAAAUUCUCCUUUAAUGGCGACUGUGGUUACGUCUUCACCCAGGAUUACUGUGGGGACAACAAGGAUGGCACAUUCAGAGUCUUGACGGAGAGUGUUCCGUGUGGACCAAGUGAUAACAUCUGCUCUACUGCUAUCAAGCUCUACUUAGGGAACAGUGAAAUAAUCCUUAAAGAGGGAACUGUAAUCAAACAUACCAAAGGGGUUGACAUACCUUAUAAAGUCCAUACUAUUGGAUUAUAUCUUGUCAUUGAGGCAAAGAAUGGUCUUGUUCUCAUCUGGAAUAAGAAGACAACACUGAUGGUCAAACUGAGCUCCGCAUUUAAGGGAAAAAUUUGUGGUAUGUGUGGGAAUUACGAUGGAAAAAUAAAAAAUGACUUUACCACCCGAAACAAAGAAUUGGUGGUGGACGCCUUUGAGUUUGGAAACAGCUGGAAAGUGUCACAAAGCUGUGCCAACACAAAUGCAUUAAAAAAUCCCUGCACACUGUACUCGCAUAGGCAGGCAUGGGCAUUAAAACGCUGCAGCAUCAUCAACAGUGAAGUCUUUAGUACAUGUCAUUCAAAGGUGGAUCCCCAGCCCUAUUACAAUGCCUGUGUAAAAGACACGUGUUCCUGUAAUACUGGAGGAGAUUGUGAGUGCUUCUGCUCAGCUGUCGCAGCCUAUGCACUUGCUUGCAAUACUGCAGGAGCAUGCAUAAAAUGGAGAACUCCAACUGUCUGUCCUCUAUUUUGUGAUUACUACAAUCCUGAGGGUGAGUGUGAAUGGCACUACGAAGCUUGUGGAAAACCAUGCAUGAAGACCUGUAGGAAUCCCUCUGGAAAGUGCUAUACUCAUAUCCCAGCUUUAGAAGGCUGCUACCCGAGGUGUCCACCUCAUCAACCAUAUUUGGAAGAGGUAACAAUGAAAUGUGUGGCAGCAGAGCAAUGUGGGUGCUAUGAUGUUGAUGGGAAACAUUAUGCCGAAGGAGACAGAAUGCCUCCGACAGAAAAUUGUCAGAAAUGUAAAUGUUCUUCAUCAGAGAGGCAAUGCACGUACACAAUUGAAGAUUGUACUUGCAUCUAUCAAGGACAAAUAUACAAUUAUGGCGAUAUCGUGUAUGACACUCAUGAUGGAGAUGGAACUUGUAUCACUGCUUUUUGUGGAGAACAUGGGAACAUUACGAGAGAAGUAACGGUGUGCAGUUCAUCAACCACUCAUCAGCCACCAACAACAACAGAAUUUGUGUUUACGACAAAAGAAGGACCAACCUCCACAAAUGAACCCACUACUAUUAAAACAACUACUUCAACAACAGUAACAACUGAAAAGCCCCAAACUACCACAACCACAGAAAGGACACCAUCGACCACACAUGACUGUUAUGUUUGUCACUGGUCACACUGGAUCAACAACCACUACCCUGAUCAUGACCUCAGUGGUGGAGAUUAUGAAGCUAUAGAAAAUAUUAAUGAUGCAAAUCUAAAUGACUGCAAUCUUCCACUUGAGAUAGAAUGCAGAGCAAAGGCCUUUCCAGAUUUAGCUUUGGAUCAGCUUGGUCAGAAAGUAACAUGUAAUCCAACAGAAGGAUUUAUCUGUCACAACAAAGACCAAGGCAUACCACCAAUUUGUUAUGACUAUGAGAUUAGAGUCAAAUGUUGCAUCAACCAUUGUGUCACCCCCACCAAAGCUACAACUACAAAUUCACCCACAGAAUACACAACUCUGACAGCAACAACUCAAAGACCACCAAGACCCACAGAAGGCCCCACCACAACUGAAGUCACAUCAACUGAAAAAACAAUCCCCACAACUACCAUUAUAAUUCAUACAGGUCCACCAAUCACAGGGGCAGGGUCAACACCAUUAGAAGAAGAAACAUCCAAAACCACUGUUACUGAAAAACCAAGCACAGUUACAGAAGUACCAACAACAACGACAGUCACUAAAAGACCUACCACAGUAACAGAAAUACAAACAACAUCCACAGUUACUGCACAACCUAGCACAGGUACAGAAGUAUCAACAACAACAACAGUCACUAAAAAACCUACCACAGUAACAGAAAUACAAACAACAUCCACAGUUACUACACAACCAACCACAGUUACAGAAGUACCAACAACAACAACAGUCACUAAAAGACCUACCACAGUAACAGAAAUACACACAACAUCCAUAGUUACUACACAACCAACCACAGUUACAGAAGUACCAACAACAACGACAGUCACUAAAAAACCUACCACAGUAACAGAAAUACAAACAACAUCCACAGUCACUACACAACCAACCACAGUGACAGAAGUUGCAACAACAACAACAGUCACUAAAAAACCUACCACAGUAACAGAAAUACAAACAACAUCCACAGUUACUACACAACCAACCACAGUUACAGAAGUACCAACAACAAUGACAGUCACUAAAAGACCUACCACAGUAACAGAAAUACAAACAACAUCCACAGUUACUUCACAACCAACCACAGUUACAGAAGGUUCAACCAAAACUGAAGUCACAGCAACUGAAAAAACAAUCCACACCACAACCGUUGAAAUUCUCACAGACACAAUUCCUCCAUCCACACUGUCAACAACAGAAAAAACCACAACAGCAAACCCCCAAACCACAAUUACAGAGGAACACACCACCAUCAAAACAACGACACAGAAGCCACCCUUAUCAACAACUAUGCCAACAACAGUAAAAACGGAAAAGCCCCAAACGACCACAACCACAGAAAGGACGCCAUCGACCACACCUGAAUGUUAUGUUUGUCACUGGUCACACUGGAUCAACAACCACUACCCUGAUCAUAACCUCAGUGGUGGAGAUUAUGAAUCUAUAGAAAAUAUUAAUGAUGAAGGUCUGAAAGACUGCAAUCAACCACGUGAGAUAGAAUGCAGAGCAAAAGCCUUUCCAGAUGUGGCUUUGGAUCAGCUCGGUCAGAUAGUAACAUGUAGUCCAACAGAAGGACUGAUCUGUCACAACAAAGACCAAGGCAUACCACCAAUUUGUUAUGACUAUGAGAUUAGAGUCAAAUGUUGCAUCAACCAUUGUGUCACCCCCACCGAAUCUACAUCUCCAAAUUCACCCACAGAAUACACAACUCUGACAGCAACAACACAAAAACCACCCAGACCCACAGAAGGCCCCACCACAACUGAAGUCACAUUAACUGAAAAAACAAUCCCCACAACUACCAUUAAAAUUCAUACAGGUCCACCAAUCACAGGGGCAAGGUCAACACCAUUAGAAGAAGAAACAUCCAAAACCACUGUUACUGAAAAACCUACCACAGUUACAGAAAAACCUACCACAGUUUCAGAAGUAUCACCAACAACGACAGUCACUAAAAAACCCACAACAGUAACAGAAAUACAAACAACAUUCACGGUUACUACACAAUCAACCACAGUUACAGAAGUACCAACAACAACGACAGUCACUAAAAAACCUACCACAGUAACAGAAAUACAAACAACAUCCACAGUUACUUCACAACCUACCACAGUUACAGAAGUACCACCAACAACGACAGUCACUAAAAAACCUACCACAGUAACAGAAAUACAAACAACAUCCACAGUUACUACACAACCAACCACAGUUACAGAAGUACCAACAACAACAACAGUCACUAAAAGACCUACCACAGUAACAGAAAUACAAACAACAUCCACAGUUACUUCACAACCAACCACAGUUACAGAAGUACCAACAACAACCAAAGUCACUAAAAGACCUACCACAGUUACAGAAGUACCACCAACCACAACAACCACAGUCACUGAAAACCAUACAACAGUUACAGAAGGUUCAACCACAACUGAAGUGGCAGCAACUGAAAAAACAAUCCACACCACAACCGUUGAAAUUCUUACAGAAACAAUUCCUCCAUCCACACUGUCAACUACAGAAAAAACCACAACAGCAAACCCCCAAACCACAAUUACAGAGGAACACACCACCAUCAAGACGACACAGAAGCCACCCUUAUCAACAACUACACCAACAACAGUCAAAACGGAAAAGCCCCAAACGACCACAACCACAGAAAGGACGCCAUCGACCUCACCUGAAUGUUAUGUUUGUCACUGGUCACAUUGGAUCAACAACCAUUACCCUGAUCAUAACCUCAGUGGUGGAGAUUAUGAAUCUAUAGAAAAUAUUAAUUAUGAAAAUCUGAAAGACUGUAAUCAACCACUUGAGAUAGAAUGCAGAGCAAAAGCCUUUCCAGAUGUAGCUUUGGAUCAGCUCGGUCAGAUAGUAACAUGUAAUCCAACAGAAGGACUAAUCUGUCACAACAAAGACCAAGGCAUACCACCAAUUUGUUAUGACUAUGAGAUUAGAGUCAAAUGUUGCAUCAACCAUUGUGUCACCCCCACUGAAUCUACAACUACAAAUUCACCCACAGAAUACACAACUCUGACAGCAACAACACAAAAACCACCCAGACCCACAGAAGGCCCCACCACAAUUGAAGUCACAUCAACUGAAAAAACAAUCCCCACAACUACCAUUAAAAUUCAUACAGGUCCACCAAUCACAGGGGCAAGGUCAACACCAUUAGAAGAAGAAACAUCCAAAACCACUGUUACUGAAAAACCUACCACAGUUACAGAAGUACCAACAACAACGACAGUCACUAAAAAACCCACAACAGUAACAGAAAUACAAACAACAUCCACAGUUACAACACAAUCAACCACAGUUACAGAAGUACCAACAACAACCACAGUCACUAAAAAACCUACCACAGUAACAGAAAUACAAACAACAUCCACAGUUACUACACAGCCAAGCACAGGUACAGAAGUGUCAAAAACAACAACAGUCACUAAAAGACCUACCACACUAACAGAAAUACAAACAACAUCCACAGUUACUACACAGCCAAGCACAGGUACAGAAGUAUCAAAAACAACAACAGUCACUAAAAGACCUACCACAGUAACAGAAAUACAAACAACAUCCACAGUUACUACACAACCAACCACAGUUACAGAAGUACCAACAACAACAACAACAACAAUCACUAAAAGACCUACCACAGUAACAGAAAUACAAACAACAACCACAGUUACUACACAACCAACCACAGUUACAGAAGUACCAACAACAACAACAACAACAACAGUCACUAAAAGACCUACCACAGUAACAGAAAUACAAACAACAACCACAGUUACUACACAACCAACUACAGUUACAAAAGUACCAACAACAACCAAAGUCACUAAAAAACCUACCACAGUUACAGAAGUACCACCAACCACAACAACCACAGUCACUGAAAACCAUACAACAGUUACAGAAGGUUCAACCACAACUGAAGUGACAGCAACUGAAAAAACAAUCCACACCACAACCGUUGAAAUUUUUACAGAAACAAUUCCUCCAUCCACACUGUCAACAACAGAAAAAACCACAACAGCAAACCCCCAAACCACAAUUACAGAGGAACACACCACCAUCAAGACAACGACACAGAAGCCACCCUUAUCAACAACUACGCCAACAACAGUAAAAACGGAAAAGCCCCAAACGACCACAACCACAGAAAGGACGCCAUCGACCACACCUGAAUGUUAUGUUUGUCACUGGUCACAUUGGAUCAACAACCAUUACCCUGAUCAUAACCUCAGUGGUGGAGAUUAUGAAUCUAUAGAAAAUAUUAAUGAUGAAAGUCUGAAAGACUGCAAUCAACCACUUGAGAUAGAAUGCAGAGCAAAAGCCUUUCCAGAUGUAGCUUUGGAUCAGCUCGGUCAGAUAGUAACAUGUAAUCCAACAGAAGGACUGAUCUGUCACAACAAAGACCAAGGCAUACCACCAAUUUGUUAUGACUAUGAGAUUAGAGUCAAAUGUUGCAUCAACCAUUGUGUCACCCCCACCGAAUCUACAACUACAAAUUCACCCACAGAAUACACAACUCUGACAGCAACAACACAAAAACCACCCAGACCCACAGAAGGCCCAACCACAACUGAAGCCACAUCAACUGAAAAAACAAUCCCCACAACUACCAUUAUAAUUCAUACAGGUCCACCAAUCACAGGGGCAAGGUCAACACCAUUAGAAGAAGAAACAUCCAAAACCACUGUUACUAAAAAACCUACCACAGUUUCAGAAGUACCAACAACAACGACAGUCACUAAAAAACCCACAACAGUAACAGAAAUACAAACAACAUCCACAGUUACUACACAAUCAACCACAGUUACAGAAGUACCAACAACAACCACAGUCACUAAAAAACCUACCACAGUAACAGAAAUACAAACAACAUCCACAGUUACUACACAACCUAGCACAGGUACAGAAGUACCAACAACAACGACAGUCACUAAAAAACCUACCACAGUAACAGAAAUACAAACAACAUCCACAGUUACUACACAACCAACCACAGUUACAGAAGUACCAACAACAACAACAGUCACUAAAAGACCUACCACAGUAACAGAAAUUCAAACAACAUCCAUAGUUACUACACAACCAACCACAGUUACAGAAGUACAAACAACAACCAAAGUCACUAAAAACACUACCACAGUAACAGAAAUACAAACAGCAUCCACAGUUACUGAAAAACCUACCACAGUUACUGAAAAACCUACCACACUUACAGAAGUACCAACAACUACCACAUAUACAAAAAAAGCUAGCACAGUUACAGAGGUUAGCACAGUUACAGAAGUACCAACAACAAUCACCACAGUUACAGAAGUAUCACCAAACACAACUACCACAGUUACAGAAAAACCUACCACAGUAACAGAAGUACCAACACCAACCACAGUUAUUAAACCAUCCACCACAGUUACAGAAGUACUAACAAGCACAGUUACAGAAAAACCUACCACAGUAACAACAGUACCAACAACAAUCACAGUUACCAAAAAAUCUACCACAGUUACAGUAGGACAAACAACAGCAGUCACUAAAAAGCCUACCACUGUUACAAAAGUACCAGCAGCAACAACCACAGUAAAUGAAAAAACCUCUACAGUUACAAAAGUACCACCAACCACAACAACCACAGUCACUGAAAAACCUACCACAGUCACAGAAGUGCCCACCAGAACAACCACAGUUGCUGAAAAACCCACUACAGUUACAGCAGUACCAGCAACAACAACCCCCGUCUCUACAAGGCCUACCAUAGUGUCAACAGAAAAGCCUUCAACAAAAACGACAACACUGUCCUCGACAGCAGUCGGAACCACUGAAUGUUUCUGCAAAUACCUUGAUCAAACUUUUUCUCCUGGUACUACCAUAUACAAUAAGACAGAUGAAGCAGGUUGGUGCUUCACCGCAUAUUGCAAUAAAACUUGCAAUAUUGAGAAGUAUGCUGGACCGUGUCAGCCAACUAUUCCACCAACUCCUACCACUUCCUUAACAACUACUGGCAUAACGACAAAAGGUGUCACAACAAUAUCCAGUACCAUAAGCGUAUCCACUAAAGCACCCCCUAAAGAUUGUACAUUUCUUAUCCCACCAAGAAAGCAUGGAGAAAUCUGGAGUUCAGACAACUGCACCACUGAUCGUUGUGAUGAUGGAAAAGUUGUAACAGAACAUAAGCCAUGCGAACCAAUUAUGCCUGUGUGUGAAAACAGUCAACCACCAGUGAGGGUUUAUGAUGAAGAUGGUUGCUGUUUCCACUACGAAUGCACAUGCAUCUGCAGCGGCUGGGGAGAUCCCCACUAUGUCACAUUUGAUGGUCAAUACUACAGCUUCCAGAAAAACUGCACUUAUGUCCUGGUUAAAGAGAUUGUUCCUCAACACAAUUUUACCGUCCUUAUCGACAAUGAAAACUGUGACGACACGGGUGAAGUAACCUGUGCUCACAGCUUGAUUGUCUACUACAAAAACUAUGAAGUCAUUCUCACACAGGAGAGGGGCACAAAUACAGUCAACAUGGUGUAUGUCAAUGGCAAGAAAGUCAUUCCAACGUACUCCAACAAAGAUUUUAUCAUCACAAGCACUGUCAUCGAGAUGGUCUUGAGAAUUCCAGAAAUUAAAGCCGUCGUGACUUUCAAAGGCCUUUUAUUCAGUGUUGAUUUGCCAUUUUCCCUAUUCCACAAUAAUACAGAGGGACAGUGCGGUACAUGUGACAAUAAUAGAAAAAAUGACUGCAGAUUACCAAGCGGGCAGAUUCACCCCUCUUGCACCGAUAUGGCUGGUGAGUGGCAUGUACCAGAUAAGAACAAACCAUACUGUGAGAAGUCACCUCCUCCACCAACGCCAAGUCCACCACCAACUCAACCACCUUGUGAUCAUGAAAUAUGUGAAAUCAUAAUGAGCGACGUGUUUAAGAAAUGUCACAACAUCGUUGCACCGGAGACCUAUUAUGAGGCCUGUAAAUUUGAUGUUUGCCACAUGCAACACUCCCACGUGGGAUGCUCCAGUUUGGAGGCGUACGCCAUGAUGUGUGCUGCAGCAGCAGUCUGUGUCAACUGGAGAAAUGCGACAUGGGGGCAGUGCGAAUACGACUGUCCCGCACACAAAGUCUACAAACCAUGUGGGCCAGUUGUGGAACCAACCUGCAAUGCAAGAUACAAUAACAAGUAUAUAGAGCAAUGCCAUGGAGAAAAAUAUUACCAGAGAUCUGACUGUAAUGUAUUUGUGGAGGGAUGUUUCUGUCCACCUGGCACAAUUUUGUUCAGUUCAAGCUCCGACAUCUGUGUCUCCGCCUGUUGCACGGGACCUGAUGGUGAACCUAAAGAGAUUGGCGACAGUUGGGUCAGUGGCUGUCAAAUGUGUGUCUGUGAUGCUGAAACGCUGAGUGUGCAGUGUGAGCCUCGCGUGUGUCCCACUCAAGCACCUAUAACCUGUAAGGAAGGGGAGGUGUUGUUAAACCAAACGGUGGACUGCUGCCAAACGCUGACAUGUGUUUCUCUUCCAACGAAAUGUAAAAUAAACACAAACACUACCUACUUGCACACAAAGAACUGCAAGUCAGUUGUACCAGUGGAAAUGACAACCUGCGAAGGAUCCUGUGGAGCGUCAACAUCAAUGUACUCGGCUGAGAGCAACAGCCUGAUGCACUCCUGCUCAUGUUGUCAAGAAACUGCCACCAAACAGAAGGAAGUGGAGAUGAUUUGCGCAGAUGGCAGCAAGAUAAAGCACUCCUACAUCUCGAUUGAAAAGUGUGGCUGUCAAGCUACACACUGUACACAAAAUACAACACAACAUUUCUAAUGUUGAUAAGCAUUUCUAGUAUGUAGGAAAUUACUAGGAAUGUCAAUCACUUUGUGUUCUUGACCCUAUAAUGUGCAGUAAAUUUUUGGAACAAAUACAAAAUGCAAUAUGAUACUGUACAUUGCACAGUGUAUUUUGUUGAGCAUGAGGAAUGUAUUUGUAGUAACACAUUCAUACGACUUGUUAAAAAAAUUCUUAAUACAUUUUCAAUUUUGAAGUUCCAUCAAAAUGAAUUGAUGGAAUUCCACAACUUACUAUUUCUUUUCUUGUUUUGUGAUGAACCAGAUCACUCAUUGCUUGACUUGGGAUUCUUUAAAAACUCAUUCCAAUAAACAUUUUCCUGUUGCAGCAUUUCAUGUGUUAUUUAUAUUGUGCAAUAUUAAAGCAUUUUAAUGGUAUAUAGAGUCC